AUGUCAGUAGUGUUGGUGAUUCUUUUAACUAUAAGCGUUGUUAAGACGCAAAAUAGCGAUGGUUUAUUUGAGCUGAAUAUAGUUCACUAUAACGACUUCCAUGCACAUUUUGACGAAAUCCUGCCGACUGGUUCACCAUGCAACCCAACGGUCGGAGACUGCAUCGGAGGUUUCUCGCGCCUCUACACCGCCAUCAGACAGGCAAUGGAAGAUGAACCUGACUCGCUGUUACUUAAUGCCGGAGACACCUUUCAAGGCACCAUUUGGUAUAACUUCCUGCGAUGGAAUGUCAGUCAACAUUUUAUGAAUAUGUUGCCGCAUGAUGCUCAUGUUCUUGGUAAUCACGAGUUCGACCACGGCAUUGAAGGUCUACUGCCGUACUUGGAGAAGCUGGAGUCUCCCAUGUUGGGUGCCAACGUGAACACGACCUUCGAGCCUGAGAUGGCGCCAUACGUGAAAAACCACAUCGUUGUCCAGCGGAACGGACGCGACAUUGGCAUUAUUGGUGUACUAUUGCGCACAUUUUCAGCACCCAUCGGACGCAUUAUAAUGGAAGAUGAGUUGGAAGCGAUUAACCGAGAGGCGGACUUACUGACUGCACAGGGAGUUGACAUCAUCAUAGUGCUGUCCCACGUAGGAUACAACUCAGAUAUAUCACUGGCAGAGCGUGUCUCUUCGAACGUGGAUAUUAUAGUGGGGGGCCACUCGCACACGCUACUGUACACUGGUGAGGCUCCGGACGGCUCACAACCUAUUGGCAACUACCCUACUGUUGUUACUCAAGCUAAUGGACAUAGGAUACCAAUCGUGCAAGCGGCAGCGUAUACUCGGUACCUGGGCGACAUUAAAUUGUUUAUAGACGAGGCUGGUAAUGUUAUAUCUUGGCAAGGACAACCGAUAUACCUCGGAACAUCUAUCGUAAAAGAUCCACACAUGGAGGCCCUGUUAGAACCAUGGAGGCAAGAAGUGGACGCGGUGGGCAAGGAGGUACUAGGACGCGCAAUCGUGCCACUGCGCCGGGGCUGCUACCGGGGCGAGUGUAAUGUUGUCAGCUGGGCCUGCGAUGGACUCAUCGAUGAGAUGGUGCAGUACGCGAAUGCAGAUGCAUGGGGCGGUGUCGACGUGUGUCUGAUGAACGCGGGCGGCGUGCGCGCUCACUUGGGUUUCGGUGAAAUAACAACCGAGGCAUUACUCAUGGUGUUUCCAUUCGAGAAUAACAUCCAAAUGUACGAUCUGGAAGGAAAGUAUAUCUUAGAAGCACUGGAAUUCUCAGUAGGAGUGUCGCAAAACGAUCCUACCAACUUCUACAGUUCGCGUCUGUUGCAGUUAGGUGGUCUGCGCAUGGUGGUGAACGCCACCGCGCCGGCGGGGUCGCGCGUGUCGGCGGCGGUGCGCUGCGUGCGCUGCGCCGUGCCGCGCUACGAGCCGCUGCGGCCGGACGCCGUGUACCGCGUGCUCUCGCAGAGCUACAUCGGCGACGGCGGAGGUGGAUACACGAUGCUGUCACAGAAUAGAAAGAACCUUGUGACUCUAGAUUUGGACUAUGUCAUGCUGCAGCGGUACAUGCACCGACAACGCACUUUCUUCAAAGACUUGGACGGACGCAUUCAAAUUGUAUAUUAACCAUAACAGCUUUUGUUUUCUUCCAAAAAAAGGAAACAAAUUUUAAAAUUUUAAACUCACACGAUUUCGCAUAGAGAAAAUGAAGCUGAUGACAUUAAAGUAUAAUAAAGACAUUGUAUAAGAAAUAUACAAA